AUGUCUAUGCACACUGAAGAUCAACGCCUGCUGAUUCACUUCUUUCAAGAUAGCUUAUAUGGAGCUGCUUUGAAAUGGUACAUGGGUUUGGAUAGUACUCACAUCUGUACUUUCCAUGACCUGGGUAAAGCUUUCAUCAGACAAUACAAGUACAACAUUGAUAUGGCACCAGACAGAGAUCAACUCCGUGCUAUGUCUCAAAGAGAGAAAGAAUCGUUCAAAGAGUACGCACAAAGAUGGCAUGAACUAGCUGCUCAGAUCAUUCCUCUCAUGGAAGAAAAAGAAAUGACCAAGGUGUUCCUUAAAACACUAAGCACAUUUUAUUAUGAGAAGAUGGUAGCAAAAGCUCCCAAUGACUUUACUGAGAUGGUAAACAUGGGGAUGCAACUUAAAGAAGGUAUACGAGAAGGUCGCCUAGUCAAAGAAGCCAGCUCAUCACUAGCUAGUGGUGGCGUCAAAAGAUUUGGUAGUAACUUUGCUAAGAAGAAGGAAGAAACUGUUAGUGCCAUCUCAAGAGGAAGAAAAAGACGGUAUCAAAUUGCUGCUAUGACUCCAGUUGUUAGCCAAGAUCCUCCUCAGAAUAAAAAUCUAGUUCAACUGAGGGAUCCUCCUCCUUCUUCUGCUAAUCCACCAUUUUGGUACAAGGAAGAUGCUCGCUGUGCUUUUCAUAAGAGUGCUCCUGGUCAUACUGUGGAAAAUUGUUACCCUCUCAUUAGUGAAGUACUCAUUCCGGUUAUGAAUACUUACAUGAUAGAUACCAGUGGAUGCGCACUCGUAAAAGCAAGAAUUCAAAGUCUCAUGGAUCGAGGGCUUAUCCAAAUUCUCAGAGAUAGAGAUGAGAAUAAUGUCAACAUGAUUGGAGAAUGUUCCACCGUGAAGUAUGUGCCUGAUGUUUGCACUGUGCACGGACCCUUACGAAUGAUACACGAGAAAUGGGUCCAAAACGGAUUAAUUGACUUUAGCCAUGAUAGCUGCCCCGCUUGUAAAGGAAGCACACGAGGUUGUGCUUAUCUACAAGAAGAUAUUCUGACUCUGAUAGGUAUGAGUUUGCUAGAUGAAGAAAUCAAGGAAAGAAAAGGACACAAUUACGUUGAGGAAGAAAUGACGUAUGGGCCACUUGAUAGUAUGAUGCGAGAAAUCCCUCAAAGGAUUUCAAAGCACAACCGUGACCUAUACAUAUCAGCAAAGUAUAAAGACAACACUUCGACAGAUGUGCUAGUAGACGCUGGUUCAUCUCUGAACAUUAUGCCAUGGAGCACCUUGGAAAGUUUGUUUUAUCAAGGGGCACCUUUUAGACCAAAUGGAGUUAGCGUGUUGACUUUUGAAGGGUUCUCAUGCACUAUGAUUGGAGAGAUUGACCUUCCUAUCCGCAUUGGACCUCAUGACUUUGAUAUCACCUUUCAAGUGAUGGAGAUUUAUCCCGCUUACAACUGUUUGUUGGGAAGACCUUGGAUUCAUAAUGCUUAA